AUGAAGGUGAAAACGAUUUCCCGUAAUGAGGCGGAAUUCACGAGGGAGAGGAAGGUGGAUUUGGUCCGCAUGCAGCGCAAUGUGGACCCGGCCCAGCACCCCUUCGAGAAGCCGCGAGAGUACACGCGUGCCCUCAAUGCCGUGAAGAUGGACAAGAUCUUUGCCCGGCCCUUCGUGGCCGCCCUCAACGGCCACAGCGACAGCGUUUUCUCCCUCUGCCGCCACCCCGACUCCCUCACCCACAUCUUCUCCGGCAGCUGCGAUGGCGUCGUCGUCGUCAUGGGUGUACCAGAGCUCAAGGUGUGGAAUUUGGCGACGCACGCGUGCCUGGCCACGCUGCCGGCCCAUCGCGGGUUCGUGCGCGGUGUGGCGUUGGGCCACGGCAACUCGUCGGUCAUCACCGUCGGCGACGACAAGGCCAUCAAGCUGUGGCCGAUCUCCCUCGACGGCCUCCGUAACGGCCUCCCCGAGGAUAUCCAGCCCCUCACCACCUUCCUGGGCGAGCACGCCUUCUCGGGGAUCAGCCACAAGGCCAACCAGCCCAUCUUCGCCACCUCUGGCCCGGUCAUUCUCCUGUGGGACGAGACCCGCGGCUCGCCCACCGCCACCUUCGAGUGGGGCUGCGACAGCGUCAACGCGGUCAAAUUCAAUCCCAUCGACCAGGACGUGCUCGCCUCGCUGGCCUCCGACCGCUCCCUCGCCUUCCACGACGUUCGCGCCUCGACCCCGAUCCGCAAGGUGAUCAUGACGAUGCGGGGCAACGCCGUGGCGUGGAACCCCAUGGAGGCCUUCAACUUGUCGGUCGCCAGCGAAGAUCACAACGUGUAUACAUUCGACAUGCGACGACUCGAUACUGCCCUCAACGUGCACCAGGACCACGUGGCGGCCGUGCUGGACAUCGACUACUCGCCGACGGGCGAGGAGUUCGUCACGGGCUCCUACGAUCGCACGCUCCGAAUCUUCCGCCGCUCCGAGGGACGUAGCAGGGAGGUCUACCACACAAAGCGGAUGCAGAGGAUCUUCUGCGUGCGGUUCACGGGCGACUCGCGGUUCGUGAUGUCGGCGUCAGACGACACCAACAUUCGACUGUGGAAGGCCAACGCGGCCGACCCGCUCAAGGUGCUAGUGCCGCGCGAGAAGAAGAAGAUGGAGUACCAGGAGAAGCUCAAGGCGCGAUACCGCCACCUGCCCGAGAUCCGCCGCAUCGACCGCCAUCGCCACCUGCCCAAGGCGGUGCAUGGCGCUACUCGCCUCAAGAGCGUCAUGAAGAAGGCCGAGCAGCGCAAGGAGAAGAACCGCGCGGCCCACUCCAGCCAGGACACCAGGCCCGUGCCCGAACGCAAGCGCCACAUCGUCGAGGUCCAGCAGUGA